GAAGAAUUCCGUGUGUAAUCUGUGUUAUGACCCAAAGCCCAAACAUAACCUCAAAGUGUGUACUGAGAUUUAAAAUAUAAAAGGACUUAAAUUAACGACUAAUAAAAUACAAAAAUUUGCUGGUGGACUAUUAAUACAAUUUAUAUGUCAAAUCAGUGAUAUAGCCAAACAUACGCUAUGGCUACGACUAGUGUAAAUUAUUGGAAGCGCUUGUGGCGAUGGACUACUUCCCAAAAUCUGUCUGUAGAAGAUUUACAAACUGUGUUAGGCAAAAAAGAAGUUAAAGAAGCCUUAUUUCAGGGGCUGCAAAGUUACAAACCAAAUCGGCCUGAAGCGUUUUCUCAGCUACAAUCUAAAUAUCCAGAUCAACUCAAAUUGUUGAAUGCGGUACAAAUGCUGCAGAAUUAUGUAGAUGUCGACACUUUUCAAAUAUGGGAUCUAAUACAGCACUAUUUAUGUAGUAUUUCAUAUGGAACUUUGGAAAAUGCUCUGAAAAAUGUUACUUUUCUAGACAUCCGACCCACAUUUAUUAUGCCUAAUGUUUUUAAAUUCUAUUUCUCAGAAAGGCUAUUUCUACUUAAACUGUUACAGUAUAUAAUUGACAACAAAAAUUGUGCCUCCCACAAGUAUCAUACGGAGUUUAAUACAAUGUUUGAGUCUAGUAAAGAAAACCUAAUGUCUUCUUUUAUAGAACAAUUUGAGAAAGUAAUAACUUCUGCUCCCCCUCCUAGAAAAAUUCAGAGUGAUUUUGGUAAUGAAACAAUUCGCCAAGAGUGGGCAGUGUACAACCUGAGAGAGCAAGUGGCUUUACUACAAUUGAUGUUACUUCUAGUUAGUGAAGAAAGUAUUUCUGUUGAAAAUUUCCAAAAGCUGUUUAAAGCCUUCAGGAGACACAAUUAUGGGAAGAACCAAGGUUACCAUGACCUAUUAGAAGAGAGACACAGAGAAAUGUGUACACAUAUUAUGUAUUUGGAGUUAUCAUUGUUUAUGAUUGUCUGCGAUAAGCAAUAUCAAAAAAAUCCCUCCACAUGGAUUGAGGCGACAGAAAAGUUUGUUUGUCCGGAAUUAACCAAACUUCAACUUGGAGCUGAGCACAGUCCAAUGCUUUUGUCCUGGAUGCUACUAUCUCUUGAGAGUAAAGAUCAUGCAAAAUUGUUCGAAAGCAAGUUCCAGCACUACGGGGCCACAGCUCUCAAAUUGCAUGUAUUUGAAUUCUUGAAUGAAAUGGUUAACUCAUCCGUAUUAUCGGACCAUUCGAAAUGUUCAAAAAUAGCCAGGGAAACAAUUUUCAAUCUACUAAACGUAGUGUGUGAUAAGUUUGACGGCGACGGCACUGUGAGCCGCCAGCCCGGCAUAUUUCCACUCUGCGCAGAGCUGCUCUCAUCACAAGAUACAGCUGAAAAUUUUUGGAACCUUCACCAAAAAGAGGAACAGUUCGGGGUCGUUUCUCUAUGGAAUACUGCACUGGAAUAUUUUCCUUAUAACUUUAGCAUGCUUUCAAUUUUAGCGGCCGGCUUAGCGCAGGCCGGCAAGGACAGUGUUGGAAAUCUGAUCGGCGAACUGAAAAACUUGCCAGUGUACACGGAGAUGUACAACCCUCACAGCGUCCCCCUACUGUCGUCGGAGUCGGACUCGGCCGAGGCGAUAGUGGGUCGCGCCUACUGCCCCGUGGGGGGCUACAGGGUGGAGGGCGGGUCGCGCGCCAUCGUCAUGGAGCGGAAGGAGGGCACCAUGAUACACUUCCGGACGCCGUGCUCAUACUGGACCGUGCUCAACCACGAGGUGGACAAGGCGCUGGACCGCAAGCAGCACCACCACACCGGCGACACCUUGCAGCGGUUAUACGAAGGAAUCAAUGUAUUGAAAGGUGUGGUAGGCGCACUGGUGGAGCAGGCGGGAGGCGUGCCGGCCGACGUGAUGCGCUGCAGCGCCGGCGCCGUCGACGCCAUGCUGCGCUGCACCCGCCUGCUGCCGCUGCUGGCCGCCGGGCUGCAGCUGUGCGCCGCGCUGGCGCUCGCCUCGCCCGACCUCAUCCACCUCAAGUUGGUGAACACGGGCGUCCUGCCUCGCGCGGUGGGGCAGCGCGCGGACGCGUGGGCGGGCGCGGAGGGCGGCGUGGAGGGCGGCGCGGUGGGCGCGCACGUGGGCGGCGCGGCGCGCGACCCCGCCCUCAGCCGCCUGCUGCUCGCCUAUCUGCGCACGCUCACCGCCUUCCGCGAGGGGUGCAAGUCGCCGCGAGUAGAACAGGAGACCGUGGUGCCGGGGCUGCUGCUGGUGCUGCGCGAGGCGUGGGCGGGCGCCGCCCCCGGGGCAUCCCCGCCCGCCCGCCGCCUGCUCGCCGCCGCGCUGCAGCUGCUGGCGCGCCUGCUGCACGCGCCCCUCGCGCUGCACGCGCUGCUGCACACGGAGCACGCCCCGCAGCUGCUGCGCAUCGUGGCGCUGGGUAACGAUCAGUUGGAGAGUAUAAUGUUCGACGAAACCAACUGGGUGUCGGGCCCCAGCACGGAGCUGCUGGAGGCGCUGCAGCGCUGCGUGGGAAUCGUGAUCCUGGCGUUGCGCCGCAAGCCCGCGCUGCCCGCCGCCGACAGAAUCUCGCCCCUGGAGCACCUCAUAUUCGCGCACGACAAGCGGAAGGACCCGCUCAAAGUGGUUCCCAAUAUCACCAGCUAUAUCAAUCACGUUUUCAAUAAAAGUCUUCCCGUGUUGAGCUGUCGCCUCUUAAAAAAACUGGCUGAUGGUUUCCAAAUGUCUCUGUUCGCGUCGUUCGACAUGUCCGCGUAUCAAGUUCGCGUCAUGUUCCUGGAGCGGCUGCGCGACGAGCACGAGAGCGUGGAGCUGAAGGUGGCCAUCCUGGAGUUCGUGGCCACCUGCGUGGGCAAGCAGCCCGGACUCACCGAGGCUUUCUUCAUGAUGAACCACGAGAGAGCUGCGGCCGACGACAGAAAUGACACUGACAAGGCGGCCAACGAGAGAAACAUCACCUCUGAUGAGCAUUUCGAAGGCAUUUUAGGAUACAUGGCCGACUACCUGGGAACCGUCAAGUCGGACAUCAAGCUACUGCACAGUCCUCUUUUGGGUUGCAUAAUGGCGAUCUUUCACGCAUUGUGGAAGAACAAUAUGCAGAUACUCGUGAAAAAACUAAGGGAGAAUCCCAAAUUUUGGGAGUACAUGACCAUUCCGCUGUUCAACGAGAUCCAGCCGGGCCUGCGGACAUACUCUCAAAUAUUCAACGUCCUCGGCAUAGAGCUGUUCGCGGCGAGGGAGAAGCUCGAGCCGAACCUCCGAGAGGUUCUCGAAAAGUUCUUCGAUCCCCACAACGAGCACCUCGACAACUGGAUAGAGUUCAUAUUCGCGUUCCACGGGCGCGGGGAGGAGGACGAGCCCGUCGACAAGGUGCCCGUGUGGCUCGGGCUGCUCACCUCGUGGAAGGACUUCGCGACCAUCUUCUGCAAGUGCUCGCCGAUCGGGUUGAACAUCGCGCACAAGUCGAAGAUGGUCGCGCCGUGCACCGCCGCGCUGCUGAGCGAGGUGGAGGCGGGGCGCGACGGGCGCGCGGCCGCCAUGCUGGCCGAGCUGCACGCCACCAUGCUGGCCGGCUGGCGCCACGACUGCUUCGACGACCGCCGCCUCGGGGCGCGCCAGGCCGACGCGCUGCUGCGGGCCGCGCGCGCCGCGCAUCCGGCGCUGCAUCCGCGCGCGCUGCGGGCGCUGCUCGCCGUGUGCACCGCCGCGCUCGCCGCGCUGCACUACGAGAUCAACGCCGACGCCGCGCUCGCGCACUCCGCCGUCACCGCCGUCGCCGACCUCGCCGCGCUCGAGCUCGACCGGCUCGCGCUCGACGCCGACGCCGACGCCGACCCCGGCCCCGAAACGGGCGCGUCGAGCGCGGUGCUCGCGCUGGCGAUGCUCGAGCAGGCGCUGGAGCUGUACGAGGAGACGUUCGCGCGGCUGGCGGCGUGGUUCGACACGCGGCGGCUGGUGAGCGCGCUGGUGCGGAGCGCCGGCGCUACGCUGGCGCGGCGACGCUGGCCCGAGGCGGGCGCGGCGCUGCGCUGCCUGACGGCGGCGGCGCGCGGGCCCCGCGCCAUAGCCGCGCUGCUGCUGGCCGCCGACCUGCCGCACUGCCUGUGGCUGGCGCUGCUGCCGCCGCUGCCGGUGCCGCUGUACGCGUCGGCGCUGCGGCUGGUGGCGGCGGCGCUGCGCGCGCACGGGGCCGUGUUCGCGGCCGACGCGGUGCAGUUCGCGGGCGUGCACGCGGACGCGCUGGUGGAGGCGCUGCAGCUGCAGCCGACCGCGGACGCGCCCGCGCUGGCGCUCGCGGCCGCUGCGCUAGACCUCGUGCUCCAACUGCUCGAGCACGAGGCGCGCUGGCGCAUGGACAACUACAACUCUCUCAUCCUCAUCACGCGCAGCGUGAGCGCGUGCCUGUGCCAGUGCGUGGGGUUAGCGCUGCGCGCGCGGCGCGGAGGGGAGGCGGCGUGCGCGGACGACUCGCUGUCCGCUCUCACCGGCCCCGGCCCCGGCCCCGCGACCGACGCGCACUCUCCGUCGCUGCUACACAGAUGCGUGGAGGUGAUGCACUGCGCGGCGUUGUGCCUGGUGUCGCUCAGCCCGCCGCUACUGGCGCUGGUGGCGGACGCGGGCGCGGGUGCUGGUGCAGACGCGGGCUGCAGCUGGGCGCCGCUGGUGGAGCUGCAGUUCGGCGCGCCCAAGCUGGCGCCCGACCCGCAGCCCGCGCUCACCUUCGGCACGCUGCUCGCCGCCGUCUGUCUGCUCACCAGGUUCCUCAACCAUUCGUACCACUCGGAGGAGGCGAGCGGGCCGGGCGGGUCGCGGUCCCCGCGCGGGCGGCGCCGCGCCUGCUCCUGCAGCAGCCCGGGCUCCGCGAGUCCGUCACGUCCGUGUCGUCGGCGCUCAGCGCGCCCGCGGCGGGGCUCGACCACCGCCUGGCCGGCGCCGCGCUCGAGGCCGCCACCACGCUGCUGGCCGCGCAGGCGCUGCUUGCGAUCCGCGACCCUCUGGUGCCGGCGCGCCACAAGCAGCUGAUCCGGCGCGAGCUGGGCUCGGAGCUCGGCACCUUCCACGAGUUCGUGCGCAAGCGCAUCCUCUGCGCCGCGCACUCCAGGCACCAUCUCACUCGCAACAAGCUCGGCGUCUGGCCGCUGGGAGACGACCAGGAGGAGACGGCGCGCGUGCAGCGGGCGCGGCGCGAGCGACGACUCGACGACAGCGAGCGGGAGAAGGAAUCCGACGAGCGCGAGUCCGACGAUCUUGAGCGACUAGCGCUGCCACCCCCCAAACGCAGCGCGGCCGAUAUGCGCGAGUACGUGCUCCGGAAACACUACCUCGACCGGCGCGCGCGGGAGCCCGAGCCGGAGCCGGAGCCCUCGCCCGUGUCGCACUCCACGCCCGCCCCGGCGCCGCCGCCCGCCCGCCGCCGGCCCGCCCUCAAGCGCGUGUCGUGGGCGGACACGGCGCGGGUCCACGACCGCCCCGGCCACGGGCCCGACUCUGGCCCCAGCCCCGGCCCUGCGUACUCCCCGCUCACCGACGUGCAGAUCAACAACGACGAGGACUACUUCCAUUUCAUGUCCGUGCUCUUCCUGUACAUUUGUCAAACCGAAUUGUAAAGUUUUCUACAUUUUUUUUAAUAAAAAUGAUAAGUAAC